AGGACGCGAGCUAAAACAAUUGAGAUUCUCCCCCAGACCCGCAAGUAAAACGGCAACAUCCGAACGGUGUGGAGGUUAAUGGUGUAUUCAUUGUUACAUGAGUUUAAAUAGGUUACUAAAGACGUUUUGUAUAACUAUUACAACUCAUUCAUCAUUGACUAUAAAUCAAGAUGUUUGGCUUCCACAAGCCUAAGAUGUACCGGAGCCUAGACGGUUGCUGUAUCUGUCGGGCCAAGUCUUCCAGCUCCCGCUUCACCGACAGCAAGCGCUACGAGAGGGACUUUCACAGCUGCUUCGGGCUGAGUGAGAUGCGUUUUGGGGAGAUCUGUAAUGCCUGUGUUCUCCUGGUGAAAAGGUGGAAGAAACUCCCAGCUGGAUCCAUAAAGAACUGGAAUCAUGUUGUUGAUGCUAAAGGUUCAGGGUCAAGCUGGAAGACGACAGUGAGGUCCAAGAAGAUGAAGAGAGCCAGGCCAAGCCAGAUCAGCCGAGUGCAGAAGGGGCUCAAGAGACACAACUCUGACGCCCACAGCAGCACCUCCAGUGCCUCCCCUGCCCAUUCUCCCAGCUACAGCAACCAAUCAGACGAGGGCUCGGAUGUGGAACUCUCACCAGGUGCCACCCACUCGCCAGUCUUCUCUUUCCUGGACCUCACCUACUGGAAAAGGCAGAAAGUGUGCUGUGGCAUCAUCUACAAGGGACGCUUCGGAGAGGUACUCUUAGACCCCCACCUCUACAAGCCCUGCUGCCAGAAGAAACGACAGCACGAGCCAGGAGAGGAAGAAGCACAGGCGAGCAGAGCGACCGUGAUGCGGCCCGCCCCACCGAACAGCCCCCCUCCCCCCCAGGAUAAAGAAGAUUAGGGGGGGGGGGAGGAGAGUGGGGAUUUGAUGUCAUAAUGUCACAUGACACUCUACGGAAGUCAGAUGGAGACCGUUGGGAUUUUAUGACGUCCUGGAGCGCUCUCAAGACAGUCUACUGGGAUUGCUUUCUAUUCAAGAGCAGCUGGACUACUAAUCAAAUGUUGUGUUCUGUACCAGGAUGCAGUGAGGUUUGUUCUGUUAUAUCUGUUAACAAAUAUCGACUCUUUCUCUCUGAGUGCUAUGAGAUUGUGAAUAUUCACUAUUUGGUUUCAAUAUGAAAUGCUGGAUUCACAAAAGCUGCGUGAGAAAUGGCGACCUCUGGAGCUGUUCCUUUUUAUAGUAGGAUAGAGCCAUAUCCAUUAGGAUAGAGAACAGCCUUCCACACUUUGCCUUCUCCUGUCCUGUACCCCACACAUAUAUGUGUGCGUGCAAACACACACGUUGGCCCUGGUCACAUUCUGAAAGGAUGUAUUCUAUUUCUUAAUUUUUUUCUUCACUUUUCUUUCCCUUACGCAACAUGGUCACUGAUCAGACAUCUAAUAUUGUUAGGGUAAAGCUGUAGAAAAUGUUAUUUGACAAAUUAUGUCAGAGGUGUGAAAAGUGGGAAGAAAUGAUGUAAUUUUAAAGAAUUUGUCCAGAGCCUUAUUCUUUGGUAAAGGGACACGUGUACACAAAAUAUCAUAUACACCCUUGAUUGUGUACUCUCUGUUGGGAUAUUGAUACUAUACUCUUUCCAGUGCACAUUUCAUAUUAGAGUUUGUAAUAUGUAAGGCCAGUGAUCUUGUUCAUUGUCUAUGAAUGUGCUUUGUACGUACAUCCAAACAUUUUAAGGGAGCCUAUAGUGUGCCCUCUAAGCAGUGAUCUUGACGUAAGCGAUCGCCAGUCCUCAUCUGAACCAAUAUAAGCUAAAACCCACAAGCUGACCUUGGAGCAGCACUUUUUGAGCACUUCCUAUCUCAGUCUACGGACCAGUUUCAUUUAGUUUCCUAGCCCCUUAGAGCAUAUCUGAAGGUGAUGGUAUAGUGGACACUUAUUUAUUCCUUUCAGUUCUGUGAACACAAACAGGGAUCUGGGAAGGGGCUAAGAUGCUAAAUGGAACUAGGCCUAUGAUGUCAAGACUGGCUGAGUGGGCCAACCAAAAAGAUUCCCUGGUUUUCUCCUAUUGAGAGUUUUGAUGCCUUUUAAUUGUACUUUAGGUUUGACGCCUUCCAAGAACUGUUCAAGUCCUGCAGGGCUCGGUUGUACAAAUCCGUCUACAUCUUUUGCAUGAUGACCUUAGGGGUGAAAUAAUAACACUAUUUUUGUCUGUCACUUUGCCUCUGUUUGGUGCAAAAUACUGUACAGUUCUGAAUAUAUUUUUGUAUAUAAAUGGACAAGACUACAACGUAGUGAAUAGGCCACCAACAUUUAGUUCUUAGUAUAUGUCCCAAAACUGUCAUGGCUAUUGAGGCUGGUUCUAUACAAUUGUCAGUACAAGGUAACUUUAAUCUAAACCCCUCCCACAUCCCUCAUGUAGGCUACUUCUGUCUUCACUUUUAUUUCAAGAAAUGUGUUUUCUUGUUCUGUACCUCAUGCAUAUUCACUACUGUUCAUAUAAUUUAAAUGUUCUUCAAACCACGGUAAGAUUUUUUUGAAACUGACAUUGUCUAGGCAUUUUAUUCUACAGUGAAAUAGACUCAAGCCUGUAUUUACAUUGCAUGUGGGGGGGGGGGUGUAUUGCAGAUCUCUGUCAAUGCAUGUGUGCACCCUAAUUGUGGACAUUCAGUCAAUGUAUUUGUUAUAUUAGUAUCUAGAUGUGCAAGCUCACAUGCCAAAUUAAUGCAAACUCAUUCUGUAAGCUAUCAUGUUCAAUAUACAGCAUUUUAUUCUCUGCAUAUGGUUAAUAUUAGCACUGAGUGUAGACAAAACACUUCCUAUUUCCAUGACACAGACAGACCAGGUGAAAGCUAUGAUCCCUUAUUGAUGUUAUCUGUUAAAUCCACUUCAAUCAGUGUAGAUGAAGGGGAGGAGACAGGUUAAAGAAGGAUUUUUUUUUAAAGCCAAGAGACCAUUGAAAUAUGGAUUGGGUAUGUGUGACAGUCAGGGAGAGAAUGGGCAAGGCAAAAUAUUUGAGUGCCUUUAAACGGGAUAUGGUAGUAGGUGUGAGACGUACUGGUUUGAGUGUGUCAAGAACUGCAACGCUGCUGGGUUGUUUACGCUCAACCGUUUCCCGUGUGUAUCAAGAAUGGUCAUCCAGCCAACUUGACACAACUGAAGCGACGCAUUGGAGUCAACAUGGGCCAGCAUCCCUGUGGAACACUUUCGACUCCUUGUAUAGUCCAUGCCCUGAGGAAUUGAGGCUUUUCUGAGGGUAAAAGGAGGUGCAACUCAAUAUUAGGAAGGCGUUCCUCAUGGUUUCUACACUCAGUGUAUGACGACAGCUAUUUCAACAUACAGAUGGUCACCAUGGUUUGAUCAAAGCUUUACUACGCAACCCUAUUUGUAAUGUAUUUAUGUAUAAAGGCAUCAGACAUGGACUUUUUUUAUGUUCCUUUAAUCUUCAGGUUUGAUUGAAUGUUAGGGAAAGUGGUCAUUUCUCUUUGUUAAUUUAUUUGUAUGUGUUUAUUAUUUUUUGGUUAUUGUUGACUAUUUUUAUUACUUUCUCCUGUAACCUACCAUAACCGUUGUUCUAUUAAAGUUCAGGGGGCUUAUACUAUUGAAUUCACAUUAUGUAAAAUGUUGCCAUAUACUGUGAUAUGGAUUGUAUCAAAACUAUACUGUUACUCAUAGAUUGGUUUUUGUUUAUGUAAACAAACUAGGUGUUAUUCUCCUGAGAUCUCCUUUACGGCUGUAGAAUGUGCUUAUUUUAUCUGUGGUAGUGCUACUCCCCUGUGGGAGAUAUGCACUGUUAUUUAUCUGUCUUGGAAAGUCCUAAUUAUUUCUCAAAGCUAAUUUUGUAUUUUUAUACACAAUUGAAACUUGUUCAUUAAAUGUAGUUUUGCUUUUGA